GAGAGAGAAGGCAAAUGUUCCCCCAGCUGUUUCCUGUCUACAGUGUCUGUGUAAUGUAGAUAAAUGUGAGGAUUUUCUCUAAAUCCCUCUUCUGUUUGCUAAAUCUCACUGUCACUGCUAAAAUCAGUGCAGAUAGAGCCUGCGCAAUGGAAUAAAAGUCCUCAAUAUUGAAAUGUGACAUUGCUCUCAACAUCUCACCUCUCUCUGGAUUUCUUUUCUUCCCUUUUUUUCCCUCCCCCACCUCAUUAUUACUGCUAACCAAUUCAUUUCCAGAGUUUGCACUUAAGAAGCAAUGGAAAAAAUCAACAGUCUUUCAACACAAUUAUUUAAGUGCUGCUUUUGUGAUUUCUUGAAGGUGAAGAUGCACACUGUGUCCUACAUUCAUCUCUUCUACUUUGGCCUGUGUUUGCUUACAUUAACCAGCUCCUCUGCUGCUGCUGCCCCGGAGACACUUUGUGGUGCUGAGCUGGUUGAUGCUCUUCAAUUUGUCUGCGGAGAAAGAGGAUUUUAUUUCAGUAAACCUGCAGGGUAUGGGGGCAAUAGGCGUCCACCUCCCACCCGAGGAAUAGUGGAUGAAUGUUGCUUCCAGAGCUGUGACCUGAGACAGCUGGAGAUGUACUGCGCUCCUGUCAAACCACCUAAAUCGGCAAGGUCUGUACGUGCUCAGCGCCACACUGAUAUGCCUAAAGCACAAAAGGAAGUGCAUUUGAAGAACACGAGUAGAGGAAACACAGGAAACAGGAACUACAGAAUCCCAAUCCCCAAAGCGCUCCGCCGGCACAAGCCCCAUUGAGGACUGGAGCCUUAAGCAAGGAACUUGCCUGCAUCAAACUUACACAAGGGCAAGCUUCCUUACACUAUACAGUAAAUGAGAACAACUUUUACUUUGAGGUAUGACAGAGUGACUCUGAUGCAUUUCUAACCAAUUCCAGUGAUGGAAAUCAAUUGUGACCCAAGGAGAGUAACGAAGCAACUGAAGCAACCAGCUGGUGUGUUACAGCAUGUUUUUUUCUGAAUAGGUUUUGCGAGCCAAAAACAAGAUUCCUUAGUGGGAAAGGACAUAUGCUGCUUUAAAAAAACAAUCAGAAUGUGGUGAAGUGUUUCACAUAGUUCUGGGAGACUUUGAAGUACCACAUGCUUGUUAUAAGUACCGUACAUCCCUAGAGGCACAGCUAACAACAAAACUAAAUGCAAAUUUCCAGUAUGCCUCCAGCCGAUAUUUUUCUGUACAUGUCCAGCAUAAUCUAAUCUAUAAGACAACAGGAUCAAGGACUGACUGAUACCUGGAUAAGUGACCCUCUGCAAAGCUAGAAUGUCAUAAUUAGCCAUCUAGCUUAUAUGUAUUUUUAGUUACUUAGCUGCCCAAGUGCUAAAUGUUGAGAUUAAUAUUCAUUUGUUUUCCACAAUGCCAUUCUUCCAAACAAAAAUAUGAGCUGGCCCACUUACCUUAAAUUAAGAGUAUGGUCAACAUCAGAACAUGAACUGGCCCACUUACAUCUUAAGAAAAGGUAUGUGCAACCUCAGGGUUUAGAUUAUACAAGCAUGGUUGUAUGUGGGCACUUGAAUUCCUAAAAAUUCACUACUGAAAGCUAUUGACAGCAAGCAUAUAAGCAAAAACCAUGAUGAGGGACAUCGUUUGCUCACCCUGUCAGCUCCUCCCACACACCAAAAAAGUCCAUAAUCCUUGAAACACUUUGGCGGCAUAUGUCGUACUGAGAUAGAUGGGCAAUGCACCAGCACAAUGCUUUGUAGAUUGGGCUGUAAAUAUUUGGAUUUGUACGGUUUUUAUUUUCCCUGUGCUCAUUCAAAAUGCAAACUGUCAUGACCUAAUGACAAGUAAAUAAUAUUUCAUACUGUGUAUGUAACAUCAGUGUGUUGCAGAACCCCCCACCCCACCCAAACAACUACUUCAACAAUAGAACUCACUCCAUUAUUCUCCCCAUUUAGCACUGGUAAGCUUUCCACAGAUACACAGGAAUGCCAAGUAAUGAAGGUUUUAGUGCUUGCAAAAA